AUGUUUGAAGAAGAAGAAGAAGAAGACACCACAACUUAUGUCACUGACGGCGUCCCCCUCGAAGGAGUAGAGAAUUUAGCAGAAGCUGAUGAAUCUAAUAAUAACCUACGAUUGCACAUUAGUCUCUCUUCGGAACAAAUCAAAGAUGUUACCGGAAAUUCGAACGCGGGACCACGAUCAUUCUGA